CUGCUGGCCCUUUAAGAGGAGGAGUGGGCGUGGCCUGUCAGCAUCCUGGCCGCAGUGUUGGUGUCCCUCAGUGAGCUCCAAGACGAGGCGGCUGAAAGGAUUUCCAGAAAAGGGGAGGGCGGCAGGUGCUACCUAAGCAGCGCCAGGCAAGGAAGGGAGUUCACGGAGACCGGUGCCGAGCGGGCCCUAGUCGCAGCCGUAUGGUAUGUAACGUAUGGUGAGAGUCAGCAGGUGACCUGAAAUGGCCCAAGUGCUGCACAUGGACCCUGGCUUCCCAGGGAAACUCAGCUCGCCGGCUCCCUCGUCUUUGCACGGCAAGGAGCAGGAGGCGCCCUACUCCGUGGAGACCCCCUACGGCUACCGUCUGGACCUGGACUUCCUCAAGUAUGUCAACGACAUAGAGAAGGGCAACACCAUCAAGAAGGUGCCGAUCCAACGGCGUCCGCGCUACGGCUCGCUGCCCCGCGGCAGCUAUGGCUACACGGGCUCCUGGUGGACCUCCACGGAGUCUCUGUGCUCCAAUGCCAGCAUGGACAGUCGCCACUCCUCCUACUCCUACUGCGCCCCAGGCUACCACAGCACACAGAGGCCCGGCUUCAGCAGCGCCCGGGUGGAGAAGACCCUGCUGGACGCACGCAGGAAGCUGGAGGAGGAGAAGGAAGGGAGGAGAUUCUCCAACCUGGGCAGCAUGCACAGCAGCAUGGCGGGCUCCAACACCUCCAUCAGUAGUGCGCACAGCUUCAACCGAGCCCAGGGUGGGGGAGGAACCUUCACUCCCCUGAGCUCUGGCCUCUCCACCCCGGUCACGCCCACCCCGGCCCACCUGCAGCACGUCAGGGAGCAGAUGGCCGCCGCCCUCAGGAAGAUCCGAGACCUGGAGGAGCAGGUGAAGACCAUACCUGUCCUCCAGGUGAAGAUCUCUGUGCUCCAGGAAGAGAAGCGGCAGCUCAGCGUCCAACUGAAGAGUCAGAAGUUUCUGGGCCACACCAUGAGUUUUAAUAGAGGUCGGAGCAGAGGGGAGCUUUACAUCGAUAUCCCGGAAGAAGAGGUGGGCGGCGGAGCCAAGGGCGGAGACAAAGCGUCGGGGUUGAUGUCUCCCACCACACCUGAGGGCUCCAAACAAGACUCUGGCUGUGAGAUUGAGGACACGGUCAUCGUGGCCGGAGCCAGACCGGACGCCAAGCGAGAGGUGCGCACGAUCGGGGUGGGACCGGAGGGAGGGAAGGGCAGCCGCCAGGUGGGGGUCGGAGUCCGGGAGGAGGACCUGGGUCUUCUGCCGGAGGCCGAGGCUCUUAAGAACCAAGUGGUCCACCUGGAGGGUCAGCUGAGAAGUAUGAUGGAGCAGAUACAAGCCACCUCCGCCCAGAAGGAGACGGGCCCACGGGCGGAGAAGGCGGUGAUGGCCACCAGCUCGGGCUGGCGGGAGCUGCAGGACGGCAACCUGCAGACCGUGGUCAGCUUCACCCAGCACAGGCAGCAGAGGACUGUGGGGGUCCAGGUCUACACGCUGGAGCAGCCCACCGUGCUGGAGGUGGGCUCUCGGAGGCCAGCGCUGAGCUGCAGCCCUCCUUCUGCCGCCAUGGAGGGUCACCAUGGAGGAGCAGCUGAAGGCUCCACAGAAGCUGGGGUGGGCUUGCCAGUUGCCGUCAGCUCCAAGCAGGUCCGUGACGUCCUGAAGAGCGAGUUGUCCACCUCGGUGCUCAUAUCCAACCCCGCCAUGACUGCUGGCACAGCUGCCAAUCACACACCUGCUGUGGUGUAUUUCAAAGAGGAGGCCACGCACCUUGACACGAGUGCGGCGACUCUUCAGUGGCAAGAUGGCCACACCACAGCCUCGUCUCCCCAAUCGUCUCUGAGGUCCAUCAUGAAGCGUAAAGCCGAGGGGGAACCUGGCUCGCCAUCCACCAAGAAGAACCUUCAGUUCAUUGGAGUAAACGGAGGCUACGAGUCCACAUCGUCAGAAGAGAGCAGCAGCGACAGCUCGGACGAAGAAAGCGACUCCAGCGAGUAUCAUGAAGCGCGGGAAAAACUACCGGAGUCCGCAGCCCCAGGAUCCUCCCCGCCUCUAGAGGGCAGCACCAGCAGAACAGGAUCCUCCCCGCCUCUAGAGGGCAGCACCAGCAGAACAGGAUCCUCCCUGCCUCUAGAGGGCAGCACCUGCAGAACAGCAUCCUCCCCGCCUCUAGAGGGCAGCACCGGCAGAACAGCAUCCUCCCCGCCUCUAGAGGGCAGCACCUGCAGAACAGGAUCCUCCCCGCCUCUAGAGGGCAGCACCUGCAGAACAGGAUCCUCCCCGCCUCUAGAGGGCAGCACCUGCAGAACAGGAUCAUCCCCGCCUCUAGAGGGCAGCACCUGCAGAACAGGAUCCUCCCCGCCUCUAGAGGGCAGCACCUGCAGAACAGGAUCCUUCCCGCCUCUAGAGGGCAGCACCUGCAGAACAGGAUCCUCCCCGCCUCUAGAGGGCAGCACCUGCAGAACAGGAUCCUCCCUGCCUCUAGAGGGCAGCACCUGCAGAACAGGAUCCUUCCCGCCUCUAGAGGGCAGCACCUGCAGAACAGGAUCCUUCCCGCCUCUAGAGGGCAGCACCUGCAGAACAGGGUCCUCCCCGCCUCUAGAGGGCAGCACCAGCAGAGCAGCAUCCGUGCAUUACGCCUCCCAGCCGUCAACAAUGGAGCAAGCUCCACUUUCCCUGGCGACGGAGGCUGCAGCAAGUGCCUCCCAGACUUCCACGCCCGGUGCCAGCCUUGCCCCCGAGGGUCCUCCCUGCCAGGAGAGUGCCAGCAUGGAGUCCAAGUUGAGUCCAGAGGUUGCUGGGCAGCAGGUGACAGACACCAGCAGCCAAUCAGAGUCAGCGUGUGAAAGCGUCCCCACAGAACAAGUCAGGCUGGAAGUCAGCGACAGUCUGAUGUCGGCGCUGCACCACCUCCAGGAAGCCCUGGGAGACCACAAUGCCUUCAGCCAGCCAGGCGCCAGGCUGGCGUACACCAGCGUGCUGCAGGAGUGGCUUCGUGUUUCCUGCCACAAAGCGGCGGACGUGGCGGCAGUCAGAGCCUACAUGGACGCCUUCGCCGCCGUCUCCCCUCAGCUGCUGCACUUUGUCAUCAACAUGGCGGACGGCAACGGGAACACGGCGCUGCACUACACCGUCUCACACUCCAACUUCCCUGUGGUCAAACUGCUCCUGGACACCGGUUUGUGUAACGCUGAGCGGCAGAACAAGGCGGGCUACACGGCCAUCAUGCUCACGGCGCUGGCUGCCUUCCACUCCGACCGCGACCUUCAAACUGUCCUGCAGCUCCUGCACACGGGCGACGUCAACGCCAAAGCCAGCCAGGCGGGUCAGACGGCGCUGAUGCUGGCGGUCAGCCACGGCAGGGGGGACAUGGUGCGAGCCCUCCUCUCCUGCGGGGCCCAGGUCAACAUCCGAGACGAUGACGGCUCCACCGCGCUGAUGUGCGCCUGCGAGCACGGCCACGUGGACAUUGUGCGCCAACUACUGUCUGUGCCCGGCUGUGACGCCACGCUUGCUGACAACGACGGCAGCACGGCGCUGUCCAUCGCCAUGGAGGCCAGCCAGAAUGACAUCGCCGUGCUUCUUUAUGCUCACCUCAACUUUGCAAAGCCUCCUUCCCCUGUUUCACCAAAGUCUUCUCUCCUGGCUUCCUCUCUUCCUUCUGCCGGUGAAACUAAGUAGAAGUCCACUGGACAGGACAACCAUCACUAUUUUCACAGCACGUCACUUCUAGACGGCCUCCAGCACAAACAACUCAAGUCCAAGUCCAGCAGCCCAGCAUGGCGUGUGUUGAACAACUCAAGUCCAAGUCCAGCAUGGUUGUGUUUUCAACAAGUCAAGUCCAAGUCCAGCAGCCCAGCAUGGCGUGUGUUGAACAAGUCAAGUCCAAGUCCAGCAGCCCAGCAUGGCGUGUGUUGAACAACUCAAGUCCAAGUCCAGCAGCCCAGCAUGGCGUGUGUUGAACAACUCAAGUCCAAGUCCAGCAUGGUUGUGUUUUGAACAAGUCAAGUCCAAGUCCAGCAGCCCAGCAUGGCGUGUGUUGAACAACUCAAGUCCAAGUCCAGCAUGGUUGUGUUUUCAACAAGUCAAGUCCAAGUCCAGCAGCCCAGCAUGGCGUGUGUUGAACAAGUCAAGUCCAAGUCCAGCAGCCCAGCAUGGCGUGUGUUGAACAAGUCAAGUCCAAGUCCAGCAGCCCAGCAUGGCGUGUGUUGAACAACUCAAGUCCAAGUCCAGCAGCCCAGCAUGGCGUGUGUUGAACAACUCAAGUCCAAGUCCAGCAUGGUUGUGUUUUGAACAAGUCAAGUCCAAGUCCAGCAGCCCAGCAUGGCGUGUGUUGAACAACUCAAGUCCAAGUCCAGCAUGGUUGUGUUUUCAACAAGUCAAGUCCAAGUCCAGCAGCCCAGCAUGGCGUGUGUUGAACAACUCAAGUCCAAGUCCAGCAGCCCAGCAUGGCGUGUGUUGAACAACUCAAGUCCAAGUCCAGCAUGGUUGUGUUUUGAACAAGUCAAGUCCAAGUCCAGCAGCCCAGCAUGGCGUGUGUUGAACAACUCAAGUCCAAGUCCAGCAUGGUUGUGUUUUGAACAAGUCAAGUCCAAGUCCAGCAGCCCAGCAUGGCGUGUGUUGAACAAGUCAAGUCCAAGUCCAGCAGCCCAGCAUGGCGUGUGUUGAACAAGUCAAGUCCAAGUCCAGCAGCCCAGCAUGGCUGUGUUGAACAAGUCAAGUCCAGCAGUCCAGCAGCCCAGCAUGGCUGUGUUGAACAAGUCAAGUCCAAGUCCAGCAGCCCAGCAUGGCUGUGUUGAACAAGUCAAGUCCAAGUCCAGCAGCCCAGCAUGGCUGUGUGUUGAACAAGUCAAGUCCAAGUCCAGCAGCCCAGCAUGGCUGUGUUGAACAAGUCAAGUCCAAGUCCAGCAGCCCAGCAUGGCUGUGUGUUGAACAACUCAAGUCCAAGUCCAGCAUGGUUGUGUUUUGAACAAGUCAAGUCCAAGUCCAGCAGCCCAGCAUGGCGUGUGUUGAACAACUCAAGUCCAAGUCCAGCAUGGUUGUGUUUUGAACAAGUCAAGUCCAAGUCCAGCAGCCCAGCAUGGCGUGUGUUGAAUAAGUCAAGUCCAAGUCCAGCAGCCCAGCAUGGCGUGUGUUGAACAAGUCAAGUCCAAGUCCAGCAGCCCAGCAUGGCUGUGUUGAACAAGUCAAGUCCAGCAGUCCAGCAGCCCAGCAUGGCUGUGUGUUGAACAAGUCAAGUCCAAGUCCAGCAGCCCAGCAUGGCUGUGUUGAACAAGUCAAGUCCAAGUCCAGCAGCCCAGCAUGGCUGUGUUGAACAAGUCAAGUCCAAGUCCAGCAGCCCAGCAUGGCGUGUGUUGAACAAGUCAAGUCCAAGUCCAGCAGCCCAGCAUGGCUGUGUUGAACAAGUCAAGUCCAAGUCCAGCAGCCCAGCAUGGCGUGUGUUGAACAAGUCAAGUCCAAGUCCAGCAGCCCAGCAUGGCUGUGUGUUGAACAAGUCAAGUCCAAGUCCAGCAGCCCAGCAUGGCGUGUGUUGAACAAGUCAAGUCCAGCAGCCCAGCAUGGCGUGUGUUGAACAAGUCAAGUCCAAGUCCAGCAUGGCCGUGUGUUGAACAAGUCAAGUCCAAGUCCAGCAGUCCACACUAACAACAUGAAGUCAACUCAAGUGUCCUUGAUCAGUUGCGUCCACUCGCUCUGCGGUGCUACUAAACUCACCGCUGAAACUCUUUUCUACACCAAAUUGUAUGCACUCUAUUUUUGAUAGUUGUUGUUCAGGACUACAGUGGACUUCUUUGAACCAGCAAACAUACAAAGUGUGGCCUGCGUCAAAGACUUUGCCUGCUGUAAGGAGAGAUUAGUUUGACAGGAGCAGAAAGGGUGUGCAAGAUAAUAUGUUGCUAGCUAAUACAACAACAGCAACAGGAGCAGAAAGGGUGUGCAAGAUAAUAUGUUGCUAGCUAAUACAACAACAGCAACAGGAGCAGAAAGGGUGUGCAAGAUAAUAUGUUGCUAGCUAAUACAACAACAGCAACAGGAGCAGAAAGGGUGUGCAAGAUAAUAUGUUGCUAGCUAAUACAACAACAGCAACAGGAGCAGAAAGGGUGUGCAAGAUAAUAUGUUGCUAGCUAAUACAACAACAGCAAUGUAAAUCCCCGAGGCUGGUGACAUUACCAAUACUUUUUAACCCCACAACUUUCAUAUUCACCUUUUGAGCAACUCCAUUUUUAUAAACAUGUUCUUAAUUUAAGCAGCCAUCUUUUUGAUACAGUAGUGUUUUGAAGCUCACGCCAUCUUUGUAACCUGCACAGCUUUUAAUGAAGCUCAUGUGAUCUAUGAAGGCUUGUGUUGUGUACAAUGUUUCUUCUAUUAUGUGUGCGUUUGUUGGAAUAAUGAUGAAUAAAUACCAACUA